GGUAUCUGGGUCUAUGCGUCAGAUAGCUUCCUAUCCUCCCCCUCUUUUCCCGUCCCUCUUUUGAAAAGAGCUUUUUGCCUGUCACAAGCUCGCCAACCGGCUACCCAACAACAAGCGUAGUUUCUUGUCUCGACUAACAAACUAACAGCAACAGAAUGUGUGACGACGAAGUUGCAGCAUUGGUCGUAGACAAUGGAUCUGGUAUGUGCAAGGCCGGUUUUGCUGGGGAUGAUGCUCCCCGUGCCGUUUUCCCCUCGAUCGUUGGACGUCCUCGCCAUCAGGGAGUCAUGGUUGGCAUGGGCCAGAAAGAUUCGUACGUCGGUGAUGAAGCCCAAUCUAAGCGAGGUAUCUUGACUUUGAAGUACCCAAUUGAACACGGUAUCGUUACUAACUGGGACGACAUGGAGAAAAUUUGGCAUCACACUUUCUACAACGAAUUGCGUGUCGCUCCCGAGGAACACCCCGUUCUCCUGACUGAGGCCCCGCUCAACCCCAAGGCCAACCGUGAGAAGAUGACACAGAUUAUGUUCGAGACCUUCAACACCCCGGCCAUGUACGUCGCUAUUCAAGCUGUGUUGUCGCUGUACGCUUCCGGUCGUACAACCGGUAUCGUGCUCGACUCUGGCGAUGGUGUCUCUCACACUGUUCCCAUCUACGAAGGUUACGCCCUGCCUCACGCCAUCCUCCGUUUGGAUUUGGCUGGUCGCGAUUUGACCGAUUACUUGAUGAAGAUCCUGACGGAACGCGGCUACUCUUUCACCACCACGGCUGAGCGUGAAAUCGUUCGCGACAUCAAGGAGAAACUUUGCUACGUCGCCCUUGACUUUGAGCAGGAAAUGGCGACGGCCGCUUCAUCCACCUCUCUGGAGAAGUCGUACGAAUUACCUGACGGCCAGGUGAUCACCAUCGGCAAUGAGCGUUUCCGCUGCCCCGAAGCCAUGUUCCAGCCCAGUUUCUUGGGUAUGGAAUCGUGCGGUAUCCACGAGACGACCUACAACUCGAUCAUGAAGUGCGACGUCGAUAUCCGUAAGGAUCUCUACGCCAACACUGUCUUGUCUGGAGGCACCACCAUGUACCCGGGCAUCGCCGACCGUAUGCAGAAGGAGAUCACUGCCCUGGCACCGUCGACGAUGAAAAUCAAGAUCAUCGCCCCGCCUGAGCGCAAAUACUCCGUCUGGAUCGGUGGUUCCAUCUUGGCCUCCCUCUCCACAUUCCAACAGAUGUGGAUCUCGAAGCAAGAGUACGACGAGUCCGGACCUUCCAUCGUCCACCGCAAGUGCUUCUAAGUCAAAUGCGAGAACUGAAAAAGAUCAACAGCUGCAUCGCUUUCCAAAACAUCAGUAACAAACAACGUUGCUACAAUUGCACCAAAUUA